CAAUUACGCUCAACGUCACUCCACUUUUUUUUAAAGAUAAUGCUUAUCUUUUUUAAACAUCUUUGCUAGAACUAUUUUUAUCCUUUUGUUGAGUUUUGUUGUGAGUCGUGUACCGAUUGAACUUCUUGAGAAACAAAUCAAUAUUACUCCUUUAAAUAACGACUAAUAUGAAGAGCUUAAUUUUCAUUCAUUCGAAUAGCUCACGCUGCCCAACCUGGAGGAGAAAGCUUUAACAAGUACAUACAUAAAGAGAGAUAUUCACGCUUAAAGCCGGAAGGAGUCUUGUAUUUGCCAGCUUGCUUGAUUGAUGCGGAGGAGACGAGGAGUGAACCCGCCAUGAAGGAUCCAUGUCGACGACGGGACCUGCGUUCUUGCUAUCUUGGAGCCAUGCGCGCUCUUUUCAUUUCUAGACACCAUCAAGGAGGACAUGUCAUUCCCACCAACGCCAUGAAGGAGGAGCCAUGGAGGAGGUUUUGUUAUUAUUUUUUGUUUGUUUUUCUUGCAGGUUAUGACCAAUCUAUGGAGAUGAAGCGUCGGUCAACCACCAUGUCGUCUUGGAAACCGACUGGAGAAGGAUCCGACCUUGACGUUGUUGUAGUCCAUUCACUCCAUUGCCAUCACUCUUACGGUUCCCAUUUUCCUUGUUCGAACGUACAACAAUUAAAGACCGGAGAAGACCGAUAAGAUCAUAAGAACAAGCUCCGUCCUUGACCAACUAAUUAUUUAAUCACCAAAGAUAGGAGUUGCCAGUUUGAUCAAAGAUUUUUUGAGCCUCCGCUACAGUCCGUCGCCUGUCCUCGUUGUACAAGAAGGAGAAGCUCUGUCUGCUACUUACUACCGUGAAGCUAUCGAGUAGAGCAUCGCUACCUUGAAGAAGACGAGAUGCAACUACCUGGUAGAGCACUGCUACCGCACCGAGCAAAACAUCACUAUAUUGCAGGUAUGCUACCAGCAGGCCGGUAGCACCCUCAUUCAGAAAGAGUCUACAGGCAAAUUCUCCUACCAGCAGUCAUAAUUCUUACUAGCUUCCCAGGAAGGCUCGUAGGAAGAUGGCACGUGACCAAUCAAAGAGUCAACGGGUCGCCAUCAAUCGGGUAGGACCCAUAUUGAUCCGUACACCCGACCCGCGCCAAUAUAUAUGGGCCUCAUUUAUUACGAAAGGUACGCAAUCCCAAUCAUUUUCACUUAAUCCUAAACACUUAUCGCAUAUCAUAUCUGACUUAAGUAUCGGAGGGGGAUCCUCGAAUCACCUCCGAGGCUAGUUCACCUAGGAGUUCAUCUGGAUAACAGCACCACACAACCAGCAAGACCUCUCCAACCGUUCCCAAUCCGUACCGGAAUAAUUGGCGCUAGAAGGAGGGGGAUAAUGUAAGCCUUGACAAAACAGCCAACAUGGAUACAUCCGCAACCAGUAACAAAAAGUCUAGAAAAAACAUCAAUCUUCCACAGUCAGCAAUAAUCGCCCCAAUGCCAGUCGUACAAACCACAAGAGUGAAACCACCUGUCUCAACCAGUCAAGUCACACCACUUGCAAAUCCCAUCCCAAAAACACUCAAAUCCCAGAUAAAGCAUCCCCCCGGGUUUUGAAAAUCCGAACGACGUGCUCGUAGAGGACGAGACGUCUUUGGAGGAAAGGGCACAUAAUUCUCCACCCCCACCCCCCCGCACAUACAGAGCAACCUCUCAGCACUAUCCCAAAGGUUUACACCGCAACAGCUUCUGACGGCUUCGACUGUCAUGAAGGCUAUGGUUGAACUGUCCUCGGGGAGGACAGAAGGAAAUCAAAUCGUGACUACCGGUACUCAUCCAGGCGUGAUGCCAGUAAGAAAUCUCUAUGAAACCCUAGAGCAUGAAAUAGUGCUACCGGUACAGCCAGUGCCAAUACUUGUCUGCAGUGAACCUAUGGGCAGAAGGAAAAGGCAUAGUUCUCGACACAGGCAGAGGUCCACCAGGCGCCGAGAGACGGUAUCAGAGCAGGAAGGAUCGGUUCCUGCUGGUAGGGAAUCGACACCAUAUCACGAGGAGUACAUCGUGCAAUCUCCGCAACCUGGUUGGAACAGAUACGAAGGAUACAUGCCUCAUCAAGAGCCGAUGAGACGGACCAUACAUCCUAAAGAUCCCCCCCUGUGCAGGGGUAUACUGGAGCAACCCAUGGAAAAAGUGAAGAUGCCGACGUGCAAAUACAACGGAACCACAGACCCCAAAAAUCACUCCACCGCUUUUGAACAACACAUGAUGUUGUAUUCAGACUCAGACGCCAUGUGGUGCAAAGUAUUCCAAACCACCUUAUCGGGGGUGGCAGCUGAUUGGUAUAAGAAGUUGCCGGCAAGAUCGAUAUUUAGCUUCCGACAGAUACAGGAGGAUUUCGUAAUACGGUUCAUUAGCAAGGUUGAGCGAAAGAAAACAUCCGGAGAGUUGAUGUCAAUCUCGCAAAGGCCGAAAGAGCCCCUGAGAGAGUACCUGACCCGGUUCAACAAUGAAUCCAUCACCAUACCUGAUUUACAGCAAGAGAUAGCGGUUUUGGCUCUACUGAGGGGAAUGCAGGAUUGCGAGUUCAAGAGGUAUCUGGGCAGGAAAUCAUUCACUUUGCUGGGGGAGGCUUUGAGGAAAGCAAAUGAAUACAUCAGAAGCGAUGAGCUGAUGCAGAUAUCACCCAUGGUAGGAGGGCAGGCAGUACAAUCAGCCAGGAAGGAUCAUGUUCCCACACAGCAACACAAUUUUCGAAAAGAUAAUGGUAGAAAAGAGGGCUAUCAGCAGAGAGGAGGGUAUCAGACCAGACAGCCGGUAGGGGCAUAUCAGGUGUAUAAUCCGCUCAACACCGCUAGAGCCACUAUCUACGCAGUGACCAAAUCAACAGCAUGGAGAAAGCCGUUACCACUGGAGGCUCCAGGUAACAAUAAGAAUUUUUGUGCUUUUCAUAACGAUCACGGUCAUUACACAGAGCACUAUAAAGAGUUGAAAGAUAACAUUGAAGAGUUGGUAAGGAAGGGAUACCUGUCCCAAUACAAGGUCCGACAAGAGGGCCAUGGGGGGAAUAAUAGGCGGGGCAGUUCACAUCAUCAUGCCCCCUACAUACCUACCCAGCCGGGGUAUUCACAGCCCACUAGUAGGAUUGAACAAGCACCACCACCUCGACAAGAAACCCGGUCACUACCGGAAACGAGUAAAGAGGGGGCUGACAGACGAAAAUGACCACUAUAUGGAUGAUCUCAGGAGGGCGCGUGCAUGGAGGUACAGUUAGUGGGGCAGUAAAAAGUCUACAGGAGCAUCGGCACCUGGUGAGUUACCAUAGUACAAGAAAAAGGCCUGAACCACCCCCCUUACCGGUCAUUACGUUCACUUCGGAGGAUUGUCGCGGCAUCAUAUACCCCCAUGCAUGAUGACCCGUUGGUACUGGAGCUGGAAAUAGCGAAUUUUCCCGUCAAGAGAUGUCUAAUUGAUGGGCGCAGUUCUGCAAAUAUUAUAUUCUGGGAGGCUUUCACCCAGUUGAACAUCGACCAUGGAGAGUUAUCCAGGGUAAACUACCCCGUUAUUGGAUUCUCUGGAGCCAGUGUCUACCCCGAGGGCAGUAUCCGUUUGCCAGUUCAAGUGGGUAGAGGAAUGUCAGCUAGGGAUUUGAUGGUCGAUUUUUUGGUGAUUAAGGUACCGGCGGCAUACAAUGUGAUAAUUGGUCGACCGUUUAUCCAUGACGCGCAGGCAGUGGUGUCUACAUAUCAUUUUACUAUGAUAUAUCUCUCGAAUCUGGAAAGAACUGAAAGAGUGCAUGGCAGCCAAGAGACUGCCAGAUCAUGCUAUCUAACAGCUAUAAAAGCACCAGGAAGGAUGGUGCCGGAAACCAAUCUGGCCCGAGAAGUAAACAUGCCAGCUAAGAGACAGAGGGGAUCUCAGUAUAGAAAAUUAUGAUGAAAGGCCUGCUUACAUCCCAAGGCCGGCGGCAGAUGGAGAAACGCAAGAAAUCGAGUUAGUAGAAGGAGUGCCGGAAAGAACAGUAAGAAUAGGUGCGGACAUGGAAAUAGAUCAGCAGAUCAAUCUUAUCGGCCUAUUGCGAGAGCAUGCAGAUGUGUUCGCCUUCUCAGCAGAUGAAAUGCCCGGUAUCAGCCCAGACAUAAUAGUGCAUCGCUUGAAUGUCGACAAGUCAGUCAGGCCGGUAAAACAAAAGAAUAGGAAUUUCUCCAAUGAAAAAAACAUUGCAAUAAAGGAAGAGGUGGAAAAGUUGCUGGAAGCAGAGUUCAUAGAAGCUUGUGAUUAUCCUGAAUGGAUGGCCAACGUAGUCAUGGUGAAAAAGCCAGACGGCAGUUGGCGAAUGUGCGUAGAUUUUACCAACCUGAAUGGGGCAUGCCCCAAAGACUACUAUCCGUUGCCACGAAUAGAUAGGCUGGUAGACUCGACCAGUGGUCAUGCUUUGCUGAGUUUCCUGGAUGCUUUCUCAGGGUAUCACCAAAUCAGCCUGUGCAAGGCCGAUAGAAAGAAGGAUGCUUUCAUCACGGAUACAGGGGUUUACAGUUACAAAGCUAUGCCGGUGGGUUGAAGAACGCAGGAUCCACUUACCAGAAGCUAGUGGACAGGGUAUUUGCUUCCCAGAAAGGGAGAAACAUAGAAGUGUACGUGGAUGAUUCGAUAGUAAAAAGUCGGUUGGCCAGCGACCACAUUGACGUUUUGGAAACACUGAGGAAGUUCAGGAUGAAAUUAACCCAAAGAAGUGUGUAUUCGGAGUCCGGUCAGGAAAGUUCUUAGGCUUUCUAGUAAGCGAAAGGGGAAUUGAUGCCAACCCAGAUAAGGUAGAAGCAAUCAUGAAUCUACCAGAGCCCGGCUGCAUAAAAGACGUCCAAAAGCUGACAGGAAGAAUGGCCGCACUGACACGGUUCAUUAGCAAAUCAGCAGAUAAGUCGUUGCCCUUCUUCAACAUGCUAAAGCAAAAUAAAAAAUUCAAGUGGGGAGAAACAGAAAAAGCAGCGUUUGAGGAUGUAAAACGGCACCUGCAAGCCUUACCCACUUUAGCACGACCAGAGGAGGGAGGCACACUACAACUAUACAUAUCUGCAUCUCAGCACACGGUAGCAGCGAUACUGAUCAUAGAGAAGGAUAGAGCCCAGAUACCGGUUUACUUUGUCAGCCAUAUCUUGCAAGAAGCAGAAUAGCGGUAUUCUUUGAUAGAGAAGUUGGGGUUGGCAGUGCUGACUGCAGCCAGAAAACUGAGACCCUAUUUCGAUGCACACGGAAUUGAAGUCCUCACAAACUACCAACUCGAAAGAGCAAUGCAAAAAAUGGACACAUCGGGUAGACUCCUAAAAUGGGCGAUUGAACUGUCGGAAUUCCACAUGGAGUAUCGGCCCAGAACAGCUAUAAAAGCCCAAGCAUUGUCUGACUUCAUAGUCGAAGCAUCAUAUCAGGAGGAUGAAUUGGAGGAAGGAAAAUGGGAGGUGGCAAUAGACGGCUCUGUUACCAAAUCAGGGGCAGGAGCUGGGGUAAUAAUCACUUCACCGGAAGGAGACCAGUUCGAGUAUGCUAUUAAGUUCUCUUUCCAGGUAUCAAACAACGAGGCAGAAUACUAAGCUGCAAUUGUUGGGAUACAAAUAUGCAUGGCGGCUGGUGCUCGUAAGGUCAUACUGACAACCGACUCACAGUUAGUAGCCAACCAGUUCUCAGGAGAAUAUGAAACAAUAGAGGAAUCUAUGAAACGAUUUGCCGAAAAGCUUAAACAAUCAGUAGCACAGUUGGAAAGUUUCAAAAUGAGGUUAGUGCCCCGAUCGGAGAAUAUGUUGGCAGACUCCCUGUCAAAACUGCCCAGCUCAAGUGUUUUGAUCAAAUCAGUAAUGAUUGAGGUCAUGCAUCGAAGGAGUACAAAGGUAGUGGGAAAGGAAGUCAUGGUAAUCACAAAUCAACCUGAAUGGUAUGACACUAUGUGGGCAUACAAGAGGGAUGGAACGCUGCCGAUAGAAAAAAUGGAUGCAAGAAAGCUGGUAAGGAACUCAUGUUGGUUCGUAAUCAUCAGAGGUCAACUCUACAAACGGGGUUUUAGCUUGCCUUUGUUAAGAUGCAUAUCAGCAUACGAAUCCGCCCGGCUGAUAGAAGAAAUGCAUGAGGGAACCUGUGGAAAUCACUUAGGAGGAAAAACCCUUGCACUGGUAUGUCAACGACAGGGAUACUACUGGCCAACCAUGUUAACAGAUGCACAAGAAUACGUCAAGAAAUGCGAAAAAUGCCAAAUGUUCUCGGCAAUCAUCAAUCGUCCUGCAAACGAUCUUAUGCCAAUCCUAAACCCAAUACCAUUCGCCCAAUGGGGAAUGGACAUUUUGGGUUCAUUCACAACGGCAUCUGGGGGAAGAAAAUUUUUGAUCGUGGCAGUGGAUUGUUUCACCAAGUGGAUAGAAGCAGAACCAGUGGCAAAAAUAACUGCGAACCAGAUCAAGAAGUUCAUAUGGAAAAACAUAAUCACCAGGUUUGGAUUACCAACUGCAAUCGUCAUGGAUCAUGGGGUACUGUGAGGGGGUCGAAAAAGCACGAGGCUAAUGCGUGACCUCGUCCCUCGUGGGCGUGACGUUGUCAGAUCAAGUGUAAUUGGAUUUCCUGUGAGUUUACACCCAAUCGACUAGUAAUAUAGGAGUCGCCAUUCAGUUUUUAACGACAAUGAGAAAAACUGGCAAAACCCGGUUAUCGUGACAUAAAGGGAGUGCCAUUAUGUUCGACCACGACGCCCAUAGGUUCCCUUGUGAUCCCUGGUGUGGGGAUCGCUCAACGUACACCCGCAGGGCAGAGAUUGAGAGUUCGGGGGACUGUAACUUCCGAGAGGAGUGCUCAUCGAUAAUACUCCAGAGGCAGGUUAUCCUUCCUAGCUUAGCAUAAAUAAUUGAAGGGACAUGCGUUAAACUAUUAAACUAUUCUGAAUUGAUUUUAGCAAUAUGCAACACAUAAUACUAAACCGAUCGUGAUUAUCUUAUUUAGAUUGAUUUAAGGUACCUAGCAUGAUAAUUCAAUUGUCCAAGGUAUUAUCUUAUUAGGCGUGAUAGAUCAAUCAAAUUAAUAGUUUGACAAUUUUAUAAAAGGGUGACGAAAGCGAUUAAAUCAUAUGAGGGACACAUUACAACGCACCCUUGAGAGGUGCGUUGUGGUUCUCAGAAAACUAACCACUUAGCUUUGCUAUUUCUCCUUUUAUUUAACAAAUCUCGGGUUUCCAAACAAUGUUCCAGUAUUUAGGCUUAAUUCAUCAAGCUACAAGGGGCAGGAUGCGUUCUGUUCGACUUUUGGGUCGAUUGCGACAGAACGCCGGAUCAAUUUCGCAGCGUGAGGCUUAGGCUUAAGGCUAGAGUCAAUACUCAGAUUAUGGAAUUAUGUGUGUUAUUUUCACGUCGAUUUUAGGCUGUAUUUAUUGGAAAAGAGUGUGUGGAAAGAUAGAUUUUAUGAUACGAAUCCAAAAAGAAUCCGGAGAUAAAACGGCCCCAGGCACUUUCAGCGCCCAGGGCUGGGCGCCGAAGAUUUCGGCGCCCAGAUCCAGGCGUUGAAAAUGGGAUCUGGGCCGAGUUCUUUGUCAGAUUCGGACUCUUAGAACACGGAGCUUUUGAGAUUUAUCAGAGUCUUUUAGUGAGUAUUAACUUAUGACGGAAUGCGUCUGGGCCCGUUACGAACUCUAGGUUCGUUAGGAUUUUAAUUAAUACGUAACUCUUAUUUCCGAAUUAUACCAGGAAUAGAAUUCUUUUAGGAUUUAUGUUGGAGUGCAACACCUAAUUCUGACAGGUUUCUAUCUUUUAUGAUUUUGCCACUUUUAACAACUACCUUUUACGGCAGUUACUAUUCUUAGCAGGUUUCUAUAAAUAGCAGCUUUGGCUGAACCACCCCCCUUACCGGUCAUUACGUUCACUUCAGAGGAUUGUCGCGGCAUCAUAUACCCCCAUGCAUGAUGACCCGUUGGUACUGGAGCUGGAAAUAGCGAAUUUUCCCGUCAAGAGAUGUCUAAUUGAUGGGCGCAGUUCUGCAAAUAUUAUAUUCUGGGAGGCUUUCACCCAGUUGAACAUCGACCAUGGAGAGUUAUCCAGGGUAAACUACCCCGUUAUUGGAUUCUCUGGAGCCAGUGUCUACCCCGAGGGCAGUAUCCGUUUGCCAGUUCAAGUGGGUAGAGGAAUGUCAGCUAGGGAUUUGAUGGUCGAUUAUUUGGUGAUUAAGGUACCGGCGGCAUACAAUGUGAUAAUUGGUCGACCGUUUAUCCAUGACGCGCAGGCAGUGGUGUCUACAUAUCAUUUUACUAUGAUAUAUCUCUCGAAUCUGGAAAGAACUGAAAGAGUGCAUGGCAGCCAAGAGACUGCCAGAUCAUGCUAUCUAACAGCUAUAAAAGCACCAGGAAGGAUGGUGCCGGAAACCAAUCUGGCCCGAGAAGUAAACAUGCCAGCUAAGAGACAGAGGGGAUCUCAGUAUAGAAAAUUUUGAUGAAAGGCCUGCUUACAUCCCAAGGCCGGCGGCAGAUGGAGAAACGCAAGAAAUCGAGUGAGUAGAAGGAGUGCCGGAAAGAACAGUAAGAAUAGGUGCGGACAUGGAAAUAGAUCAGCAGAUAAAUCUUAUCGGCCUAUUGCGAGAGCAUGCAGAUGUGUUCACCUUCUCAGUAGAUGAAAUGCCCGGUAUCAGCCCAGACAUAAUAGUGCAUCGCUUGAAUGUCGACAAGUCAGUCAGGCCGGUAAAACAAAAGAAUAGGAAUUUCUCCAAUGAAAAAAACAUUGCAAUAAAGGAAGAGGUGGAAAAGUUUCUGGAAGCAGAGUUCAUAGAAGCUUGUGAUUAUCCUGAAUGAAUGGCCAACGUAGUCAUGGUGAAAAAGCCAGACGGCAGUUGGCGAAUGUGCGUAGAUUUUACCAACCUGAAUGGGGCAUGCCCCAAAGACUGCUAUCCGUUGCCACGAAUAGAUAGGCUGGUAGACUCGACCAGUGGUCAUGCUUUGCUGAGUUUCCUGGAUGCUUUCUCAGGGUAUCACCAAAUCAGCCUGUGCAGGGCCGAUAGAAAGAAGGAUGCUUUCAUCACGGAUACAGGGGUUUACAGUUACAAAGCUAUGUCGUUUGGGUUGAAGAACGCAGGAUCCACUUACCAGAAGCUAGUGGACAGGGUAUUUGCUUCCCAGAAAGGGAGAAACAUAGACGUGUACGUGGAUGAUUCGAUAGUAAAAAGUCGGUUGGCCAGCGACCACAUUGACGUUUUGGAAACACUGAGGAAGUUCAGGAUGAAAUUAAACCCAAAGAAGUGUGUAUUUGGAGUCCGGUCGGGAAAGUUCUUAGGCUUUCUAGUAAGCGAAAGGGGAAUUGAUGCCAACCCAGAUAAGGUAGAAGCAAUCAUGAAUCUACCAGAGCCCGGCUGCAUAAAAGACGUGCAAAAGCUGACAGGAAGAAUGGCCGCACUGACACGGUUCAUUAGCAAAUCAGCAGAUAAGUCGUUGCCCUUCUUCAACAUGCUAAAGCAAAAUAAAAAUUCAAGUGGGGAGAAACAGAAAAAGCAGCGUUUGAGGCUGUAAAACGGCACCUGCAAGCCUUACCCACUAUAGCACGACCAGAGGAGGGAGACACACUACAACUAUACAUAUCUGCAUCUCAGCACACGGUAGCAGCGAUACUGAUCAUAGAGAAGGAUAGAGCCCAGAUACCGGUUUACUUUGUCAGCCAUAUCUUGCAAGAAGCAGAAUAGCGGUAUUCUUUGAUAGAGAAGUUGGGGUUGGCAGUGCUGACUGCAGCCAGAAAACUGAGACCCUAUUUCGAUGCACACGGAAUUGAAGUCCUCACAAACUACCAACUCGAAAGAGCAAUGCAAAAAAUGGACACAUCGGGUAGACUCCUAAAAUGGGCGAUUGAACUGUCGGAAUUCCACAUGGAGUAUCGGCCCAGAACAGCUAUAAAAGCCCAAGCAUUGUCUGACUUCAUAGUCGAAGCAUCAUAUCAGGAGGAUGAAUUGGAGGAAGGAAAAUGGGAGGUGGCAAUAGACGGCUCUGUUACCAAAUCAGGGGCAGGAGCUGGGGUAAUAAUCACUUCACCGGAAGGAGACCAGUUCGAGUAUGCUAUUAAGUUCUCUUUCCAGGUAUCAAACAACGAGGUAGAAUACUAAGAUGCAAUUGCUGGGAUACAAAUAUGCAUGGCGGCUGGUGCUCGUAAGGUCAUACUGACAACCGACUCACAGUUAGUAGCCAACCAGUUCUCAGGAGAAUAUGAAACAAUAGAGGAAUCUAUGAAACGAUAUGCCGAAAAGCUUAAACAAUCAGUAGCACAGUUGGAAAGUUUCAAAAUGAGGUUAGUGCCCCGAUCGGAGAAUAUGUUGGCAGACUCCCUGUCAAAACUGCCCAGCUCAAGUGUUUUGAUCAAAUCAGUAAUGAUUGAGGUCAUGCAUCGAAGGAGUACAAAGGUAGUGGGAAAGGAAGUCAUGGUAAUCACAAAUCAACCUGAAUGGUAUGACACUAUGUGGGCAUACAUGAGGGAUGGAACGCUGCCGACAGAAAAAAUGGAUGCAAGAAAGCUGGUAAGGAACUCAUGUUGGUUCGUAAUCAUCAGAGGUCAACUCUACAAACGGGGUUUUAGCCUGCCUUUGUUAAGAUGCAUAUCAGCAUACGAAUCCGCCCGGCUGAUAGAAGAAAUGCAUGAGGGAACCUGUGGAAAUCACUUAGGAGGAAAAACCCUUGCACUGGUAUGUCAACGACAGGGAUACUACUGGCCAACCAUGUUAACAGAUGCACAAGAAUACGUCAAGAAAUGCGAAAAAUGCCAAAUGUUCUCGGCAAUCAUCAAUCGUCCUGCAAACGAUCUUAUGCCAAUCCUAAACCCAAUACCAUUCGCCCAAUGGGGAAUGGACAUUUUGGGUUCAUUCACAACGGCAUCUGGGGGAAGAAAAUUUUUGAUCGUGGCAGUGGAUUGUUUCACCAAGUGGAUAGAAGCAGAACCAGUGGCAAAAAUAACUGCGAACCAGAUCAAGAAGUUCAUAUGGAAAAACAUAAUCACCAGGUUUGGAUUACCAACUGCAAUCGUCAUGGAUCAUGGGGUACUGUGAGGGGGUCGAAAAAGCACGAGGCUAAUGCGUGACCUCGUCCCUCGUGGGCGUGACGUUGUCAGAUCAAGUGUAAUUGGAUUUCCUGUGAGUUUACACCCAAUCGACUAGUAAUAUAGGAGUCGCCAUUCAGUUUUUAACGACAAUGAGAAAAACUGGCAAAACCCGGUUAUCGUGACAUAAAGGGAGUGCCAUUAUGUUCGACCACGACGGCCAUAGGUUCCCUUGUGAUCCCUGGUGUGGGGAUCGCUCAACGUACACCCGCAGGGCAGAGAUUGAGAGUUCGGGGGAAUGUAAAUACCGAGAGGAGUGCUCAUCGAUAAUACUCCAGAGGCAGGUUAUCCUUCCUAGCUUAGCAUAAAUAAUUGAAGGGACAUGCGUUAAACUAUUAAACUAUUCUGAAUUGAUUUUAGCAAUAUGCAACACAUAAUACUAAACCGAUCGUGAUUAUCUUAUUUAGAUUGAUUUAAGGUACCUAGCAUGAUAAUUCAAUUGUCCAAGGUAUUAUGUUAUUAGGCGUGAUAGAUCAAUCAAAUUAAUAGUUUGACAAUUUUAUAAAAGGGUGACGAAUGCGAUUAAAUCAUAUGAGGGACACAUUACAACGCACCCUUGAGAGGUGCGUUGUGGUUCUCAAAAAACUAACCACUUAGCUUUGCUAUUUCUCCUUUUAUUUAAAAAAUCUCGGGUUUCCAAACAAUGUUCCAGUAUUUAGGCUUAAUUCAUCAAGCUACAAGGGGCAGGAUGCGUUCUGUUCGACUUUUGGGUCGAUUGCGACAGAACGCCGGAUCAAUUUCGCAGCGUGAGGCUUAGGCUUAAGGCUAGAGUCAAUAUUCAGAUUAUGGAAUUGUGUGUAUUAUUUUCACGUCGAUUUUAGGCUGUAUUUAUUGGAAAAGAGUGUGUGGAAAGAUAGAUUUUAAGAUACGAAUCCAAAAAGAAUCCGGAGAUAAAACGGCCCCAGGCACUUUCAGCGCCCAGGGCUGGGCGCCGAAGAUUUCGGCGCCCAGAUCCAGGCGUUGAAAAUGGGAUCUGGGCCGAGUUCUUUGUCAGAUUCGGACUCUUAGAACACGGAGCUUUUGAGAUUUAUCAGAGUCUUUUAGUGAGUAUUAACUUAUGACGGAAUGCGUCUGGGCCCGUUGCGAACUCUAGGUUCGUUAGGAUUUUAAUUAAUACGUAACUCUUAUUUUCGAAUUAUACCAGGAAUAGAAUUCUUUAAGGAUUUAUGUUGGAGUGCAACACCUAAUUCUGACAGGUUUCUAUCUUUUAUGAUUUUGCCACUUUUAACAACUACCUUUUACGGCAGUUACUAUUCUUAGCAGGUUUCUAUAAAUAGCAGCUUUGGCUGAAAUGAAAGGGUGAUCGAGAUUCGUAAUUUUAUAGGAGAUGCGUUGCCAAGUGAAGAUUUAUGUUCUCAUCAUCGAACCUUCCCUUUCAAGAAUAGGGACAAAAUUAGGGGUCUACAGUUAGCCCCCACUUUGACUGAGUCUCGAGAUGAGACGAUGGUCAAAGUGAAGGAAAUAAUGCCCUUGGUCCAAGUAUGCAUUCUAUGUUAAGUCUAAUAAAUGCGGUUCAGUAUUAAUUAACAAGUUAAUAAUUCAGUGAGAUCAAGUGAGCUGAAUGCCUAGCUAGAGGCCGCUUCAGUUCAAGUGGAAUUAAUGAUAUUAAUCCACAGCUUACUCUUGACUGAACCCGUAGGGUCACACAAAUAGUACGUAAACGGAUCAAGUAUUUAAUGGCAUUAAAUACUCCAUCUAUGAAUAUUCGGAACCGACGGAUCUUGGUUUCAGUGGGAGCUAAGAUCGUCACAGGCA